AUAAUAUUGUUUUCCCUUCAAGUUCUCAUUUUUCGAAAUAAAGCUGGAAGUAAUGCCUCUGCCUGUUAGCUGCUUUCUGUUUGCUUUAGGACGAUCCAUUCUUACUUGAGGAGCCUUUAAAUUAUGUCCCAAUUUGUGAUCAAGAUGACAAUAUCAACGUGAUUCGACAAGAUGAUAUUAUGUGCUUACGUCCAAUGGAAAUUUCCAGUGAAGAUGGUGAUACAGACAUAAUUGGUCUCACAGCCAACAAAUUCCAGUUUAGAUCUACGAUUGAGAAGCUAGACAGAUGUGACUCAGGAUCAGAUGGUGACGUCAGAGAAAAAGAAAUCAAACUUCUUAUCGAUGACCAUGUAAAAGCACCUGAUGAAAACUCCAUACGAUUGGACAGUCCUUUAUCGAUCUGUUCACUAGAGCGUUCAACUGUAAUGAGCGAUACCAUAACAGCAAUCCAGCCGAUGCUUCUAGAAGUAUCUCCACUCAGCCAAAAGCAUUUUGUAUCACCGUCUUCUAAGAAAAAUUUGGCUAAAGAACUGAACGAUGGUGACAAAUUCCUAGAUGACACGCUUUCCAUGACACUAAAAGGCAAGACUGUGAUUAUUGAAUUUGCAUAG